AUGAGGUAUGUAGACCCUCCGUUAGUGGAGCGUCCUUCUGACGAGUGGCGAUGUUUCGAGUGUCUCGUUAACGACGCACGCGGUUGGCCUCGACGACGAAAAUCUACCCCCAAGGAGCCUUUCUCGCCGCGAGCGGAUAGCCACAGCAAGGAAUCGUCUUCUAGGAAACGAAGCUCGUCGUCUAAGGCACGAAGCAGUUCUUCAUCGUCGAAGAAGUCGAAGAAAAGCUCAAGUAAAAGCCGCUCUAGCUCAUCCUCCAAGAAGAAAAGCAGCAGCAGCUCCUCCAAACGGAAAUCGUCAAGCAGCAAGAGCAGUUCGAGUAAAAAGUCGUCAUCGUCGUCAUCCUCGAAAAAGCACAAGAAGCGCAAGUCGUCGUCGUCAUCCUCGCACCAUCACCACAGCAGCAGUCACGGCCACCACCGCAGGAGGCAUCGCAGUCACCAUUACCAUGAGGAAUUUGCAAAGCUUGUUGGUUUGUUCCGUGAGCGUCAGGAGCAACGUCUUGGGAUCGAAGAAGCACGGAUAAAGGGAGAUCUUCAGAUGGCUUUUGAUGAAGCCCCUCAAGGGUGGCGCGUAGUGAGCUCAACGCUUGACGAUUUGCGAGGGCUGAUUCAGUCUCUAUCGGGUGGUUCGCUUGAACAAGACCGACUGAGAGGCAGACUCAUCUUGAUCAUGAAGGAUCAAGAAAAAAUCGAAGAGGAAAGGCGCAAGCAACAAGAGCUUGCUUGGAAUAUUCUUCCACGUCGGCAGUCUUCGCGCAUUGCGAUCGGGCGAAUGAAGAACCAAACCGGUCAAGACUCGGACGUAAGUGCAAGUGUGUUGGUGGUAUUACUUUUACUGUGA